UCACAUGCAGCAACAGUUCUAGCAACAUCUGCUGGCUGAUAAAAGGUAGGCUGCUGUGCGCCGCUGCUCCCGCCGCGUUGGGAAACGUCGAGGGGGAGGCACACUGUGAACGCGGCUUCCUGGCCGAUAGGGCUGAGCUGACUUGCUGAUAAAGCAGAAUCCACCCAUCUGGCUGCACCAGAGGGGCCAGGAACACGGGCUUCUCGCAGGCGCUCCGUGCCCAGUGCUUGCCGGAUUGCCAGCUCCUGCUCCCCGCUGUACCAKCAGCGAUGUGCUGCCGGGCUGGGGUGGCCACAGCAGCGUAGCCGAACCACAGCAGAGUCACAACCCAUUCCCGGUUCAAACAGUCACGGGUGCUGAGCCAUGGCGGUGUGGAUCCAGGCCCAGCAGCUCCAGGGAGAAGCCCUGCGGCAGAUGCAGGCGCUCUACGGGCAGCACUUCCCCAUCGAGGUGCGGCACUACCUGUCACAAUGGAUCGAGAGCCAGGCAUGGGACUCCAUUGACCUUGACAACCCCCAGGAGAACGUGAAGGCCACGCAGCUUCUGGAGGGGCUGAUCCAGGAGCUGCAGAAGAARGCGGACCACCAAGUGGGUGAGGACGGCUUCCUGCUGAAGAUCAAGCUGGGGCACUACGCCACGCAGCUGCAGAACACGUACGACCGGUGCCCCAUGGAGCUGGUGCGCUGCAUCCGCCACAUCCUCUACCACGAGCAGCGGCUGGUGCGGGAGGCCAACAACAGCCCUUCCCCAACCGGCUCCCUGGUGGACGCCAUGUCCCAGAAGCACCUGCAGAUCAACCAGACCUUCGAGGAGCUGCGGCUCAUCACGCAGGACUCGGAGAACGAGCUCAAAAAGCUGCAGCAGACGCAGGAAUACUUCAUCAUCCAGUACCAGGAGAACAUGCGCCUCCAAGCCCAGUUCUCCCAGCUGUCCCAGCUGGGUCCCCAGGAGCGCAUGUCACGGGAGACGACGCUGCAGCAGAAAAAGGCGUCGCUGGAGGCCUGGCUGCACCGYGAGGCGCAGACACUACAGCAGUACCGCGUGGACCUGGCUGAGAAGCACCAGAAGACGCUGCAGCUGCUGCGCAAGCAGCAAACRACCAUCCUGGACGACGAGCUGAUCCAGUGGAAGCGCCGGCAGCAGCUGGCGGGCAACGGGGGCCCACCCGAGGGCACCUUGGACGUGCUGCAGACCUGGUGUGAGAAGCUGGCGGAGAUCAUCUGGCAGAACCGGCAGCAGAUCCGCCGUGCCGAGCACCUGUGCCAGCAGCUGCCCAUCCCGGGCCCGGUGGAGGAGAUGCUGUCAGAGCUCAACGGCACCAUCACCGACAUCAUCUCUGCCCUGGUCACCAGCACCUUCAUCAUCGAGAAGCAGCCCCCCCAGGUGCUGAAGACACAGACCAAGUUUGCGGCCACCGUGCGGCUCCUGGUGGGGGGGAAGCUGAACGUGCACAUGAACCCACCCCAAGUGAAGGCCACCAUCAUCAGCGAGCAGCARGCCAAGGCCCUGCUGAAGAACGAGAGCACCCGCAAUGAGAGCAGCGGGGAGAUCCUCAACAACUGCUGCGUGAUGGAGUAUCACCAGGCCACGGGGACGCUCAGCGCMCACUUCCGCAACAUGUCCCUGAAGCGGAUCAAACGCUCGGAUCGCCGCGGGGCUGAGUCGGUGACAGAGGAGAAAUUCACCAUCCUCUUCGAGUCACAGUUCAGCGUUGGUGGGAACGAGCUGGUCUUCCAGGUGAAGACACUGUCCCUGCCUGUGGUGGUGAUUGUGCACGGCAGCCAGGACAACAACGCCACGGCCACCGUGCUCUGGGACAAUGCAUUCGCUGAACCUGGCCGUGUGCCCUUCGCCGUGCCCGAUAAGGUGCAGUGGCCGCAGCUCUGCGAGGCGCUCAAUAUGAAAUUCAAAGCGGAGGUGCAGAGCAGCCGUGGGCUGACCAAGGAGAACCUGGUGUUCCUGGCACAAAAACUCUUCAACAGCACCAGCAACCACCUGGAGGAAUACAGCAGCACCACGGUGUCCUGGUCCCAGUUCAACAGGGAAAACCUGCCCGGGAGGAAUUACACCUUCUGGCAGUGGUUUGACGGGGUCAUGGAGGUGCUGAAGAAGCAUUUGAAGCCGCACUGGAAUGACGGGGCCAUCCUGGGCUUCGUCAACAAGCAGCAGGCGCACGACCUGCUCAUCAACAAACCCGAYGGGACCUUCCUCCUGCGCUUCAGCGACUCGGAGAUCGGCGGCAUCACCAUUGCCUGGAAGUUCGACUCCUCUGAGAGGAUGUUCUGGAACCUGAUGCCUUUCACCACCAGGGACUUCUCCAUCCGCUCCCUGGCCGACCGCCUCGGGGAUCUCAAUUACCUCAUCUAUGUGUUCCCCGACCGGCCCAAGGACGAGGUGUUCUCCAAGUACUACACGCCGGUUCUCUGUGAGUCCACGCCAGCUAAAGCUGUGGAUGGAUAUGUGAAGCCACAGAUCAAGCAAGUGGUGCCAGAGUUUGUCAAUGCAUCAGGCGAUUCUGCCUCUGGAGGGGCCACCUACAUGGACCAGGCGCCCUCUCCAGCCGUCUGCUCCCAGCCUCAUUACAACAUGUACACGCAGAAUCCCGACCCUGUGCUGGACCCYGAGGGUGAUUUUGACCUGGAUGACACCAUGGAUGUGGCGAGGCACGUGGAGGAGCUGCUGCGGCGCCCCGUGGACAGUCAGUGGAUCCCCCACGCCCAGUCGUGACAGCCCCGUGCCUGGUCCCUUGCCCCGGGCCCCGGCGCUGCGGGGACUGUGCUGUGUUCGUGUCUCUGUGCCAGGGGACAGCGGGAGGGCCCUGCCCCCAGGAUUUGCUCUGUGCUGCCCCGAAACACAGGCUGGCGUCCAGCUCUUUGGUGUUUAUGCCCUUGUAUAAACGGCAGCGGAUUUGUCGCAUGGUUUUUCCUGUAUGUUCCUUUUAAGAGGCCCAGCUUCGGCUUUCCGCUUCUGCCAGCGCUGGCCCYGCGGCUCCCCCGUUCCCCCGUGGGGCCACCGGGGCGGGGGCCGCCAGCCYGGCCUCAGGUUCGCUUUCGCAGUCGUCACUAAGAAUGUACGUGUCGCCUUCUUGUUCUCCCCCGUGGCUCCGUUCCCAGGGGUGCGUGAGGGCAGAGGGCAGAGGGGGGGUUCGGCCAGGGCUCCCCCAGCCCGUGCUGGUGCUCUGCUCCGCUGUGGCAGGGUCCCUGGACCUCAUCUUCUCCUCUGCCCGCAAGGAUGCAGGAGCCCCUCCGGCUCCCGGCCUCGGUGUCCCCUCUGGAGCCGGUGAGGGUGGCAGGGUGCGAGGGCACCCGGCGAGGGCAGUCGGGUGGGCAGGGGGUUUGGGGAAGCGGAGGCCUCUGCCCCCCGCCUCUUCCCUCGCUUGGGCGGGAAACUCUGGGGUCCUGGCCAUGUUAUUUUUCUAUCACAGAGUAAAUAAAGCACGGAAUAUUUUUGUAAC